AACCCUAAUCGAUGACUUCCAGUCCGGCAUGCCCUCACGCCGUGUCCGAUGGCUUCCUUACCCUCUUCUCGAUCUCACCCUCAGCUCCCUCCUCCGCAAGGACUUUCCAUUGUCUCUCAAACCCCAACUUCUACUCUUCCUUGAAGAUUCAUCCGACCUCCUCUUCCGCCCCUCUCCUUCUUCUUCUCUCCCUCCUCUUCUAGAUUUUCUCCGUUCUCUCCUCAUCAACUACCCCGGCGAAUUCUCCCUUAAAGAGCAGGCUAUGGUGUCGACGACCUCAAUUGCAAUUGCAGCACUCGACUCCCCCUCCCCUUCCCUCCUCGACCCACUCGCUGAGCUCCUCCUCUCUAUUGCGAACCGCCCGAACCACGGCCCGGACCGCCACACACGCUUCGUCGCCUGCGAGUGCCUUCGCGAGCUCGAGCUAGCCUACCCGCUUCUGCUUUCCGAUGCUGCUGGCCAUCUCUGGUCACUUGCGCAUGCCGAGCGCACUCACGCUGUGCAGUCAUACGUACUUCUACUAGCCACCGCCAUCGCAUCCAUUGUUCGUCAUGGCCUCCUCUCAUCCCCCACAUCCAUUCUUUCAACUGCCGUUACUCUUGUUCCUUUCAACUCAUCUAGCACUGUUAUAUCCCCUCCCUUUUCGUCCCCCGAGCCCUCUGAUCUCAACCUUCGCGAGCUCAGGCGAAUUGUUGCUUUUCUCCUUGAGCGGCCGCAGGUUCUGACCCCAUUUGCGACCAUGGAGCUCGUCACAAUUCUGGCCAGCAUCGUCGGUGCACUUGAACGCCACAUGCCAGCUGUGGCCGCCCUUCUGAAGGUGCAGUUUUCUGGCCUGCUUUACUGCUAUGAUCCCAUCCUCUGCCAUGUUGUUCUCAUGCUGUAUUCACGAUUUUCAGAUGCCUUUUCAGGGGAUGAAGAGCUGGGCAUUUCUCGUCGCCUUGCCCUCAUCCCCAAGGAAGCCCACCAGACCCUUGUCUUCAGGCUACUCGCCAUUCAUUGGCUUCUUGGAUCACCCCAGCUGGCUCGUGAGAAGGGCUUCCUUACUUCCUUGGCACAUUGCUUCUAUCCAUCAGUUUUUGAUCCUCUUGCUCUGAAAGCUGCAAAACUAGAUGCCCUUGCUUGUGUUGCAGCCCAGGCUGAUCGUCCUAAUGGUGAAAUGGAUACAACAGACCGACAGGAUAAGAAAGGGAGGAGUGCCACAGUCGUCAAGCUAUUUGAUGACGGAUUAGUCUGCGUUUCAGCAUUCAGAUGGCUUCCUCAAUGGAGUACAGAGACUUCUGUGGCUUUCCGGACCAUCCAUAAGUUCUUGGUUGGAGUUUCCCCUCACCAUGGUAGUGGCUUGACUGAUGCUGAGUUACAUGCAGUUUUUGAUUCUUCUAUCUUCCAAACCCUGCAGAGUAUGUUGGUGGAGCUAGCAUUGAUGCACCGUGGAUUGAUUCCUGUGGUUGCUGCCUUUAUUGACCGUCUAAUGGGAUGCAAGGGGCAUCAGCUCGUUGGGGAACGUCUACUUCAGACACUGGAUGCACAACUGCUUCCUAAGCUGGAUAAAGGUUAUUUUCUGGCUUCAUACUUUCCGAUAUUUGAAAGGAUUGCAAGGAACGAUACAAUACCGCCAGGUGGUUUAUUGGAACUGCUCACAAAGCAUAUGCUUUUUCUAACUGAGAAACAUGGCUCGGAGACUGGUUUAAGAUCAUGGUCUCUGGGAAGUAAAUUGUUGGGCAUUUGUAGGACAUUGUUAGUGCAUCAUUGCAGCUCACGAGUUUUUCAUGAUAUGUCUAAUCUCCUUGCCUUCGCCAGCCAGUUCUUUCCUGACCUUGAAAUUCGGGACAGUGCAAGGAUCUUCUUGAGGAUGCUUUUAUGUAUCCCAGGAAAGAAGCUCAGGACAAUAAUAAAUUUUGGAGGACAGCUUCCAGGGGUGUCACCUUCUCCUCAUCCAGCCUCACUUUUCCAAGUUCCUUUGCCACAACAUCCGCAUGAUACUAAGAAACGGUCUAGUAUUUCUUCAUGUAUUCAUCUUGAAAGGAAGAUUCCACCUCUUGUUAAUCAAUCAUGGUCACUAGUUAUUCCUUAUUCAGAAAACAGGGAAAGUGAGACCAGUUACUCUGAGGAGAUCAAAGACAUUUCAAUUCCCUCCAACGCACCUUAUAGUGAGCCUGAUAUGAAUAUUUAUAGGAUCAGUUUACAAGAAGAGGCUCUUCGAGUGGUAGAUUCAAAGGUUGCUGAAACCCUAAGAAUCUUACGAAGGCAUUUUGCUUGCAUUCCAGAUUAUCGCCACAUGCGUGGGACUAAGAUCGGUAUACCCUGUUUAUUGAGAUUCGAGGCGGAUUUAUUUAAUAAGUAUUGUGGAUUUGAUUCACCUGCGUUGGGCUCAGAUUUGGUGGACAACCUACCAGCUUUAUAUGCAAUUGUUGUUAGUUUCAAGUCUACUGCAAAUUAUGGGUCUAUUCCAGCUUGUCGUGUCCCCUUUCUUCUUGGUGAACCUACAAAAACUGGGCUUGAUGUUGUUCCCAUUGAGUGUAAUGUCCAGGAAGAUUCCAGUAUUAGAGCGUCACUUAUGGUUGAACUUGAACCUAGAGAACCAAUGCCUGGACUGAUUGAUACUGAACUAACGGCAAAUAUUGAGAAUGGUCAAAUUAUAUCUUGCUUGCUUCAAAGUGUUCCGGUAGGAAUUGGGGACAUGUUUUUAAAGAUUAGUUUACCUUCUGAAGUUGCUGAUGAUAGGGUUCCACACUACUGCCUAGAACUUUUUCAUGCUUUAUGGGAAGCUUGUGGAAGUUCUGCCAAUACUGGCCGGGAAACUUUUCCGUUGCUUGGAGGUAAAGGUACUGCUGCAAUCAAUGGAACACGGUCAGUGAAACUUCUUGAUGUUUCUCCAGAGUCUCUCAUAAGUGCAAUAGAACAAUAUUUGGCACCAUUUGUUGUCAGUGUUGUUGGUCAGCCACUGGUGAAUAUUGUAGGGAAUAAUGGAGUUAUAAGAGAUGUUAUAUGGGAUGAUGAUUCUGCAGCUUACCCUGAGGACAGUAAAGCUUUGGUACCAUACUCUGAAAAUGAGCCCCUUCAACUUGAAUAUAACCAAGAUGAUACUGCUUUAUGGUAUCCUCGUGAAACUAGUAGAAGAAGUCUUGGUACGUUUUUUGUUUUAAUAUUUCUACCACCUAGGUUUCAUCUACUUUUCCAAAUGGAAGUUGGUAAUAUUUCAACAUUAGUUAGGAUCAGGACUGAUCAUUGGCCGUGUCUUGCUUAUGUUGAUGAGUACUUGGAAUCAUUAAUAACAUAGAUGGAUUUUGAGAGAAGCUUGUUUAUUCUUUGCUACACAUGUAAUUCUAGUAUGGCUUUGCUGUCUAGGAAGCUCUUUUCCAUCCUUGGCAGAAUUUAUUCUAUUCUUUCUUUCUUGUGCCUUGAGGAGCCUUUUAUGCACAUCUGAAUAAGUAAUAAAAUGUGUCCGAAGU